UCGAUCAGCGCCAGGAUGCUCCAAACAGAGUGCCACCACGCAGUCUAGUGGCACCAUCACACCAGGGCACUUCUGGCACUCCUGCACCUCGCUACGGCACUCUCCCAGGCACUCACCAGGACCCCUAACACUCUCAACAGACUCACACAGGUGCACAUGUGUGUACGUGAGACAGCAUGAUGGACUUACAUGCUGGCUCCUGCUUCUCCACCUACUUCCUGCUGCUACUGCUGGUGCUCCUGACACUCCUGCUGGAUGGGGCUACUGCUGCCCCUCCCUCCCCAGCAGGUACUAAGCGCUCAGUUGAGAACAUCGAGUUUGGUAACCAACAGAAUCCACCAGUCAGCCUACUGGAUGACACAGCCUUACCGGGAGUCUUCCCUUCCAGCGAGACUACUGAUGAGAAUACAAUAGGCGAGGGUGGAGGAGGAGGAGGAGGGAGACUAGAAAUACAGCAGCAAGUGAACGAAGAGCUACAACAGCAGCAGCAACAGCAGCAGCAACAGCAGCAGCAACAGCAGCUGCAACAGCAGCUGCAGAGUGAGGAGGAGGAUUCCCAGCAGCAGGACUCACAGGAAGAGGAAGGGAAUGAGGAGGAGGAGGAGGUUAGGCAUGGAGGUGGAGGCAGCAGCUGGAUGUCUCCUGCCUCACCCCGUCUCCAUCUGUAUCAUCCACGAUGGGGAAUGCCAGUGGUGUACGGUGCAGCUGCCUACCCAGUACGACGCCGUCGCUCCGUGCACUCUCCAGCACGACGUCCUGACCCUCGAAAGGUGCCCCAGGUGCCACUGAAGGUGCUGAGGGCAGGUCAGCGACACAAGCGUGACCUGAGGCGCUACAGACGUGACCUGGCAACAGGUGGUGACCUGGAGAAGCUUCUAUCAGAUGUUGAUGUUGUUGAACUGCUGGCCAUGUUGGCCCGACCCCCUCACCGUGGCCAGGGUGGCUACGGAACCGUCACUUAUGCUCCAGCACCACCCAGGUACGCACCACAACCCAAGCUCUUCCCAGACUACGAGGAUGAGGAGAGUGAAGUAGAGGAGACUGAGGAGGAGAGUGGAGGAGCAGGAGGAGUGUCUCUCUUGCCACAGUCUGUAAGAGCUACACACCUGCCCCAAGCAGUGAUGGUUCCAGCUGGAGGUCGCGUGUGGAGGAGGUCUGGAGGUUAUGGCCUCUCAUCGAUUCCAGGCUUCAAGAGGUCAAGUUCAGCCUUCAGAGCCAACAAGCCUCGUCCUCCUCUUCAAGGCUUCACUCAGGGUGAUCUAUACUCCUUGGCCGCCAUGUUGGGUGCAGAGCUGGACCCUGUCACCCACCGACUCCGUCGAGCUGCCAUGUAAGGUGCCACCCCCUGGCACUUAUCAUCUCUGCUGAAGAGUGCCACACUUUUACCCUCAUCACAGCAUCUUUACAAAAGUCAUUGGUACCAGUCCAGACCAAAUGGCAUCCAGUGGUCGCAUCAUCAAGGCGUUAUAAUAAUAAUAAUAAUAAUAAUAAUAAUAAUAAUAAUAAUAAUAAUAAUAAUAAUAAUAAUAAUAAUAAUAACGAUAAUGAUAAUAAAUAGUUUUCCGUACUCCCUGGAGUUGAUAACUCUCUGCUUCACCUCUUCUAGCCAGCCUGAUCCCUCUCAUAGUUGACCUACUCACAUAUACAGUAUUACUCAAGUGUUGUAUUACUCAGACAUACAGUAUUACUCAAGUGUUGUAUUACUCAGACAUACAGUAUUACUCAAGUGUUGUAUUACUCAGACAUACAGUAUUACUCAGACAUACAGUAUUACUCAGACAUACAGUAUUACUCAGACAUACAGUAUUACUCAGACAUACAGUACUACUAACACUGUGUUGCAUCGCUCAAACACACUAAAAAAUAAAUGUUCUUUUAUAAUGGCUGAGAUAAUGUGUGAAAAACAAUGUCGACAUUUUGAAGACAAUGUUGAUUAUCAGAUCCUGAAUAUAUUACUUGAAGUUAUCAGAGUAAUUAAUGAAAUCUAAGAGAAUGUGACACAGAAAGACACCAGCUGAUGGUAUCAACAAUCAGAUGAAUACCGAUAACCAGUAGUAUCAUAUACUAUCAUGCAAUUAUAAAUAUGUAUGAUUUAAGGGUAUAGAAAGUCACUUUUGCCUUUCUUAUUCUGUCUGAUUUCUACCUCUGUCUGACUGUAUAAUAUCAGUUUAUAUAUACUGAGACACACUCAUACACCAGUUAUAAUCCUUCACACACACACACACACACACACACACACACACACACACACACACACACACACACACACACACACACACACACACACACACUCACAUUUCACAAAUCUACUGAAUGGAAACAGUAAUAAUUAUCAAUGUUAAUAAGAUGGAAGGUCUACCUGUCUGUAUUGAGAAAAAUUAAGAAUAAAGUUGAGUGUAGGUUGUGAUGAUAUGUAAGAUGUGCUUCUAUGUACCUUGUAUCUUUCUCUGUAUUAUCCCUGUACAGGAGUUAUCUUGUGUUCUGUAAUAGGUCACAGCCUCUCUGAUAGGAUGACUUGUAUGUCCUGAGGAUGAGACAUAUAUCCUGGGAUAUCACAGACUAUGAAUAAAUCAGUUAGUCAGUACUGGAGGUAUGCCCAGGGGUAUGAGACAUAGCCUUGGUAUAUUCCAGUGAUUUAAUAUAAUCCUUUAAUUAUUGA